AUGCUGCGGUGCUGCUCGUCUCUGUUAUGUGCGGCCGCGUCGACAGAGGUAACGUUUAGGCGGGCGUUGGGGGCGCAGAGCACGCUCCUUGACCUCGUUCCGGUGAAGAAACCGAUGAUUGAGGGGUCGCUAUGCUGGUUUGUCGAGGAGAACAUUGAGGUUGUGCUGGUGUCCGGUGUGAAGGGCAUCUCCCCCGAUGCGGUGACGGAGCACGUGAAGCGGCGGGCGGUGCAUCUUCUGCAGCGGUGCGGCGGGGGAGAUGCGGCGCAGGGGUGCCAAACACUCCGGCGCUGCAUUGAGGAGGCGCGGGUGACGCGGAGUCUGCUCCACCGCCUCGACCUUCAGGUGCGGCUGCGCCUCUGGAGUUCGGCGACGGGGGAGGCGGGGGAGGAGGAGGAAGCGCCAUUGUCCUUGCCGGUGCCGCCCACCCGAGCGGCGGCCGACGCAGGGGCGCGGGGGGGAGGCGGGGGGGCGUUGCACUGCUCAGUUUACGAGACCGACGCGUGGGAGCCGCAUCGGCAUCAACGGCACGUCAGGGAGGUCUCAACGUCGCCGUCGGUGCCGUCCUUGUGCGACCUCCUUCGUGAGGCUCUACGAAUUGUGCGACUUGACGCGGAGGGGAAGGGCCGACGGUUUGCUGCGGCCGUACACCAGGAGGCGCACUUGCUUUUCUCCACCGCAACGUCUGCGACGGCGCCGCACGACGGUGUUCCUUCCUUGCACGAAGCGGCGUCGAAGCGAGCCGACCGCUUUUUCGCAAAGGACCCGGCACUGCGGUGCUUGCUAUGUCCGACUCCCUAUACUGUGGAGAUGGAGUUCCUCCUUUACGGGAAGGAUAGCCGAGGCAGUUCCGGCAUUACUGCGGGCCGGUGGCUGCUGCACGAUGAGGCGGAAAACGUAGAGAGAUGCGAUGUGCCGUUGGCGACGCUGAAGGACAAGGCGGGGCUCUUGCAUAGAGGCAGAUGCAGUGAGGUGCCACGCCACCAACCGGAGCCCAUAGCAGAGUCCACAAUCAGGUCUCUUGAAGAGGCGGGGGAUGUUGUAUGCGUGAAAUCGUGCAAGGAUGGAGAAUUUGCUUCUGCGCUUUUGCGUUCUCUUUGCUCCCAACCGCUUCUUCAAUCUCGAAUUAUCCACGCCUCGGCCGCCGAGAUGCUCUGCGGUCGCUUCGCCCCAGUACGUGCGGGGGACUUUGUCAGAAGUUGUGGGCGGCUUGACAUUGACGCCUGGUUAAGUGAACGGGGCCGGCCCCUGACGGUUCCCAUGGCACCGCGUUACUUGCAUCACCCCAACCCGUUGCUGUUUCUGCAGGAGUGUCUGCCGCUGGAAUUGGGCACGCGGGCGGCGUUGCCUGCGUGUGUGGGGUCGUUGCACUUUGGGUAUCACCUGGCCAUCACAGCCAGUGGGCGUGUGUCGACCGCUGUGGGGGGCUUCAUCUCCGCUGCGGCGGCGGUGUCGGCGCUCUUGCCGUGGCACCUGGCCUGCCCCCCGCGACCUGCCGUGGCGGAGGCGGUGCACCACCCGCAACACAACUCUCAACCGUCGGGUGGCUUUUUCGCAGGGACGGAGGAGGCGCGUCCGACGGGUGCACGUGGUGGGGCACCCGAUGAGCACCUUGGAACAUCCAGCCCGGUUUCCGUGGAAGCCAUUGACGCGGAGGCCACACUCAAAGGCUUGGGCGUGGUCUCUGGGAAAGUCACGCAGGGCGUCGUGGAGUAUUCCGAUGCAGCAGGUCGGAGCGUUCUUCGCUUUGAGCAGAUGGACACGCUGCAGGGGAUUGAGCGCUUCGUGAGGUGCCUGCGGCGAAGCCACUCCGCAUGCUUCACCACAAUCUCCGUUUAUAGCAGGAAGAGAGCCUCGUCUACUGUUGUGUGGGGGGCCUUUGCCGGAAUGGCGGGGCAGAAACUGCCGCCCUACGUGCGACGAAUUCGAAUUCCUGUUCCGUUAGUAUCCGGCGAGUUUUUUGCAAUUCGCUACUGCGGUUUGCUGGAGCUGGAGCAGAGGGAGUACGCCCUGCUGAGCAUUCUUGAACGCUACUCCAAGGACCCGACGCGGUGGCCGUUGAGGUGCCCAGUGCCCUGCUUUUUCAACCGAUGGCGACUGACGCGAGGCAUCCUCGAGGCGCUGCUACGACACGAUCCGCUGUUUCGCUACACGCUUGAACGUGUCUCUGAGCAGGGACAGGACGGGAAGUUUCUCCUGCGUUUGUACUCCGGGGAUGCAAAGACGCACGAGGCGCAACUGGAUGAGGAACGGCUCCUACCAGAGGUGCGGCGUUGCUUGGUUCAAUAUGCGGCCCGCUGGGACGUCCAAGUCCCACCCAUUGAGACGGUUGCUUUCUUGCUGGGGGAGGUUCGAAAGAAUUUGUCGUUCACUUGCAGGGGCUUUGUUGCGGCCCUGCUGCACAACAGCGAGGUGCUGCAGCAGAGAGGCCGGGAGGCGUCGCUGGAGUUGCACAUCAUUGAAGGUGCGAGGAUCCGCCUCUCUGUGGCCAGCUGCGCCACACAGGAGGCGGUGAAGGAGGCGCUGUCUAGGAUUUUUCUCGAGAAGCAGUUCCCUGAGCUGCUCCCGGCGGUGCAUCAGCUGCAGCGGGUUAAUAACGUCCUUGCACGUAAUCCCGGCGGGCGGGAGACGCUGUUUCGCUGCUACGACAACGCCAGUGAGGGACGCGGUUACCGCUGGGAGCUGCAGGCGCUCACCGACGACGCCGGGACGGUGACGCUGCUGGAAGCGGCGGAGGGGGCCUCACGGCUGGACGCGCUUGCGGCGCUGCUGGACAAGAUCGACGGCGCGGGAGAAGCACCGCCACUGUGCCCGGCAGCAAGCGGAGCUGCGACGUCUGCCGCUCCGGCGUUGGCGCAGACGAUUGAGCGCUACCAGGCGCUGCUCGCACAGAGGCGUGGGCUGCGACGGGUGAUGCAUGACUACGACGUGAAACGCAACCUGCUGACGGUGCGGGGACUCAGCGACCACGCGGGUGCGGCAGGGGGCAACGCCACUGUCCUUCGCGUCAUCCCACUUGGGGAGGGCGUCUCCGUCGGGGAUGUGCUUCACAGGUACUACCGCGGCGAGCUCCACAUCGUCAACCCGCCACCGUCCAAGGCGGACGAGCAGCUGCGACUUCUCCCUCUGCCGUCGAUUUACAAGUUGUGCCAGGCACACUUUACGCUGCCGCUGCCUCCGCUGGAGGACGCGCUUGUCGCGUCACAAGAGAAGGGGGGCUGGCGCGUUGGGCUGCGUCUUCCGGCGGUACUUUUUGCGCUGCAGGGACCGCAGUACGUUGAGUACGUUUACCGGGGACGUGGGAAACAAGAGGGAAAACGCGGUGUGGUCCGCAACUUUUACUUGGCGCUACACGGUGAUCCGCCGGCUGCCGUGCGGCGGAUUUUGUCGGAGGGCCUCAGCGCUGACGCGUUGCCCACCGACAGCUUACCCCCCUCCGCCUCGGGCGCGCCCACCACACACACGCGGAAAGUCACCGUCCUGAAUCAUCACCUUCUUCACAAGAGCAACGGCGGCGGCAGCAGCUGUAGGGGGAGGGCGGCUGACGCCGAGAGCGGCAGCUGCAACAAGGAUGAGGAUGCGACGAGGCCGGGGAUGCGUGUUGGUCGGGGUGACACCUGCAUGUACAGUGAAAUUACGGGAUUGAUUUGUUCCCAGCUUCGGCCUCAUGUGGGCUACGAUGGUGUGGUGGAGUGUCGGCUCAGUUACAUUACUGGAUUCACGGGCCGUUACGUUUCCACGCCAGCCCAGCAUGAAAAGUGUGUGGAGCUGUUUAAUGUGCCGUUCCGUGCAACAGUGUGGCUGCCCUUGCAACUGCUUGCCGUGCUGCUUUCGUGUGCCCGCCGCCUUGUUCCUGAUGAUGAGUUGGAGGCGCUGCUUCUACGCAGGGCCUCUUCAUGGCCCUCCCUGUUUCUUGACACGACGCAAAAUGAGCGUCUCUUUUGCACCACAUUUCUGCGGCGCUACUUGGGUCUGUGGACAUUCGAGGAGAACGAUGUGGGAGCUCAGGUGGCGGUGCCGGGCUCGUUAUAUCUUGUAGAGCGCACACGACGCAUUCGGGCCGGUUGCUUUGAGGCGUCACUGUCGCUUCUGCAGACGCCACUGCCCCCAAGCUCGACGACAUUUUCGCGAACACUUGCAUCGCACAAGGCAGCGACUACACCCCGAGCGGAAACAAACAUGUGGGGGGCUGUGCUGCAGCACCUUCCAGAGCUGAGCGCCGUACAGGCGGAGGACGCUGACAACGCGGUUCUUCGGGUCAUCAUGAGGCAUGCGGUGGAUACGACGCGGUAG